GAUAGGAGGAGGUAUUAAUAGUGAGAUGUGAUUGGCCGGCAACCCCCAUGUGGGCGGGGAGUGCUACCGAAAAACUGUAGAGCGACUGUAAACUCCUCAUUCCUUUGCUUCCUGUCACAUCUCGGGGUCCACGUCCCUUUGCCCGUGUCAGAGAAUGGCGGCUCUCAAGAUGUUGCUCUCUUUCCGAGCCUUUCGUCUUCUUCUCCUCCUCGUCCCUCUCCUGCUCGUCUCGUGCCCAGCGGUAGCAGAAGAAACUCCGAAUGAUACUUCUGUCUUGAAACCCACAGAAUCACCUUCAACAGACCAUUCUACUUCAUCCUUGAGGACUUCUAACAAAAGUGACAGCUUGAGCUCUUUAGCCACAUCCCAUCAAAACACGGACGUCUCAUUGAAUGCAAAUGUCAGUCUAGUGAGCACCGAAGCUCUUGAAAUCAACUCCACCCUUAAUGAUACUACUUCAGAUACAAGCUUAACAUCAGCUAAUAGCACUGCUCCAGCUGCAACUCAAGUGACCAAGAAGACUAUAAGUUCUGUCACCACAUCUUCAUUUCUUUCCAAACUGAUUAAAAUAACAUCUCCAACCGUUGACAAACCAUCUGAAGAGCCAGAUAUUGAAGAUGAAGACUUGUUGCUUGAUGAGAAGAGCACAAUGGUUAGCUAUGUGUCACCCACAAAGGAGCCUAUAGAUGGAGAUUCCAGUCCCUAUGAUGGCUUAGACUAUGAAGUGUCCCCUCUGGGUAAAGGAGACGAAGAUACUGGUGUAGAACCGUUUAAUCCAAAUGAAGAAGAUGAUACUGAAAACUAUGAAACCGGCUAUAAGGAUGAUUUCACGAUUUCAAGUGGUGCAGAAUCUAAUGAAGACAGCCAUUUUUUCUUAUAUUUGGUUAUUAUUGCCUUUCUGAUUGCUUUUGCAUACAUUGUUUAUCACAACAAAAGAAAGAUCUUCCUCCUGUUGCAAAGCAGACGUUGGCGAGAAUCUCUUUGUUCUAAAAACAUGGGCUACCGUCGAUUGGAUCAAAAUGUGAACGAAGCAAUGCCUUCAAUUAAAGUUACUGACCGUUAUGUGUUUUGAGGCACUCCAAAUGUGCUCUGCGGGGUUGAUGCUUGUUUUUGCCUAUAGACUACAUUGUGAAACCAAUGAUUAGGUGUAACUGCACUUUUUCGAACAAUUAUAUUGUUUACAAGGUAUACUGUAGUAUACCAUGUUGUUUUAUCUUUUUUUCUGAAAUGACAAUAAUUGCAAUUAUUGCUAAUGGUAAUUUUUUUUGUGAAUUCAUAAUUAUAUUAAAUAGUUGUUUACGACAACUGGA